CUUUGACUUGACUUAGACUUACUUGGCGCGUAAAUAAGUAGUAGUCUACUAAAUUAUAGUAAAUAUCAAUUACUAAAUCUGCUCAGUCAUUCAUGCCCGUUCCACCCAAAAAAGUGUUUUGUAUGUAGGCCUAGUUUAGGGGAGGAACAGCAUUCAGCAACAGAGUAAACUAAUCAGGAAAAAAUGGAGACAAAUUCUAUAAAUGGUAGUCAAGAGGACAUCAGUGAGAAGAAUGAAAAGCAAGCUGUUGGUGAUCAUGAUGAAGCUGAUGUAUUUGGUUCCUCCUUCUUGAAAGGGACUAGCAAAUGGAUGAAGAAGAACCUCCCAUGUUACAAAGACACAAAGAAGAAGGCUGUAGCUGCUAUGCCUGUUGAUAAACACGCCAAAUUUUAUAAUAUGGAUCAUAAACAUAGAGGGAUUGCAGUUAUAUUAAAUCAUGAAAGCUUUGCAUCCCACAUGAACCUAAAAGCUAGAGCUGGGACAAAAGUAGACAAAGAAAAUUUAGAAAAGACUUUGAAGAAAUUGGGCUUUGACGUCCAUCUCUAUGAUGACAAGAAAGUUCAAGAAAUAGAUGAAAUUAUUGAAAAAGCAAGCUCAGUAGACCACUCUAACAACGACUGUUUCCUUCUGGCAUGUUUGUCACAUGGAGAACAAGGUAUCCUGUAUGCCAGUGAUGCUCCUUACAAACCAGAGAAACUGUGGAACAGAUUCACUGCAGACAAGUGCACAUCGCUUGCAGGCAAACCCAAGCUAUUUUUCAUCCAGGCAUGUCAAGGGGACAAGUUGGAUGCAGGGGUGACUUUGAAACAAACUCAGGUUGAUUCUAGUCCUUCAUAUACAAUACCAGCCCAUGCUGAUUUCAUCAUCGCGUACUCCACCAUACCUGGGUUCUACUCUUGGCGCAACACAAUGAGAGGUUCCUGGUUUAUGCAGGCUUUGUGUGAAGAGUUGAACGCUAACGGAUAUAAGGAAGAUCUGCUAACUCUGCUGACUACAGUCAACCGCAAGGUAGCCAUCGACUACGAGAGCAACGUUCCAGACAACUCUGUUAUGCACGCUCAGAAGCAGAUCCCGUGCAUUACGUUCAUGCUCACUCGCAUACUCAAGUUUCAGAUGAAAAAUGAAAUAAUUAAUGUGUGAUUCAGUUAAUGCUUGGAUUCCAAAUGCAUUUUUCAGUUUAAAUAUGUUUAUUUAUAUUUAGAAAUGUUUAAAAUAUACAAUUUAAUUUGUUAAAACAAUCAUGGGCACCGACUUAUAAACCUUAUUGGUGGGGCAAGCGGGAAGCCUGUGAAAUAUCCCCCUGUCUGCAAAGGGGCCUGGAUAUUUUUUAUUUUCCAUUGUUAAAAGACGCCAAAUUUUUGGCCAUUCUCUUGUACAAAUUUUCAAUGUAGAAGUUCAAUUUUUUCUCAUAUUAUGGCAAUAUUAUAUUGAUACUAUUGCCAAUGAACUAAAAAAAUAUUUAUAAUAAUUUCUGCACCAAUGUUACUAAGUAAUUAAUCAUAUUCAACUAUCUUUAAUUUAUUAAUUAUUGGUAAAUAAGAAACAAUUAGGUAUUAAGAACAGGAUUUACUUGUUCAUUAAUUAAUACAAUUCAGGUACUGUAAUAAAUACCAUUCAUAGUUCCAAAACAAGCAAACAAACCUCAUUAUCACAAUCAACACCUUCAAAGAAAGGGCGCUUUCAAAGAAAGUAUAUCCUUUGUUUAUAUUUACAAAAUGUAUCAGUUCCUCCUGAAAACAUUCUCCACUAGUCUCUGUUAUCUAACCAAACAGCAAGAUAGGACAAGUGGAAGGGUCAGAAGAUGUUAAAGUAAUAAGGCAUCUUCUGAGAACAGUUAAUGGUAACCAAGUGGAAUUUCCCAUCUAGCUGCUUUAGUGUACAGAACUGAUGUAUAUAAACAGCAUGCGAUUAAUUGAUACUUGAUCAUCCGCAGCAAGGUACAGAUAGUCAAGACUACUUAUUUAACGAUGUAUUUAACUGUUCCUUUUCUUUAAGUAAACUAUAAACUUUAGUGUAAUUGUAGCUUUUAAAUCUUCCCAUGCAUAUAUGAUUUUUGCACAAUAUUGUUUUACAGUUACUUUCUUUUGUUAGUAUUUUUUUUCUCUAAGUUGUAUUGACCAAGCAAUUCCUAAUGAUCUCUUGCCAGGUGAAACAACUAUUAUCUUAUCAUUGAAGUCAAUGGUAGACCUAUUUUUUUCUACCUUUGUACUGUUGCCAGACUAUUGAGUAGGCUGGGGGCUAGUUUCCUGUUAGGAUUUUUUUUCAAAUGCGCAUUUUCUAUAUGCUGAAGAAUAUGUACCAUUUUUACUUAACAUAAAUUGAGUGGCUUUUAUAAUGAUUAACAUGACAGUAAAUGAGAAAAAUCAAAUAAGGUAAGCCAUUCUUCAUUUAUCAGCAACAGAAACAUUUUUUCUAAAUUGAAUUGAUAAUAAAAAAAAAUAAAACAACCCUAUUAGUGAGACAACUACUAUUUGGUGAUAUGAAUAUUUAUUUUGCAUAUUAAAUGAUCCAGAUUGGUUGAUUUAAUUUAUUUUAUAGACAUUAUUAUAGUUAAUUAAAAUUCCUCUUGUCUGUUUUAGAAAAUAUUUGUUUAUCUAAAAAUGAGGUAUUAUCUUAAAGUAGUUUGAGGUUUGAAAUUUGUAUAUUUAAAAAAAUAAUA